AUGACAGAUUGUUUUGCUUUUCUCGAGAAGCUAGAGCGAGAAAAUAGCGAAGGAAAGGAAAGCGACCUUUUACAGAAAUGGAUACACCUAAAGUCAGUCAGGGAAAAGUUACUCACAAAGCUAGAUCAUUUGAAUAGAACUGAGAGUCAAUUAGAAGAAGAAAUAGAAAGAGAGCUUUUUGGACAGCAGUCAGAAACUGAGAAUGAGGAGCUGGCAGAGAGACAUCAGUAUUUACAAGAUUUACUCAAUUUAUACAGGAUCACAGGUACACAUGUAUGCCAUGAGGACAAGGAGCAGUUAACAGUUUGUUUGGAUGCCUCUUAUUAUGACACUGUUUUAGAAUCUUACCUUAUAGAAUUAAAGAAUAAAGAUAAUGGAUAUGUAAUACUAAGGCAUUCAUUGCCUGAGUUCAUCCCCACACUUCAGCUGGAGAAGGACCACCUGACUACAGGAGAUAUUGCAUCAUUUCUGUCCAUCAUUAGGAACUAUGUGCAAGCAUACAUAUUCAAAAGAGAGGAACACAGGAGAGUGAAGGAAGUGAUUGAGGGAAACGGUUUUUCAUGUGACAUCCAGAACACUUCAAGUUAUGAUUAUGUCGAGAUCAAGUUAGAGGACCCCAAACAACUUUAUAGAAUGAAACUGGUCUUUAGAUUACUAAGUGUUUUGCCAGAGAGAGUUCAGAUAGAGGAAGAUUCAGAGACACAGAGAAACAUCAAAGACUGGAAGAAUAUAUUUUUAUCCAAACCACUUGCUGAUUCUGUUUCUGAGAUAGUGACAGACAUUUUAAAAUGAUUUAGAUAGACAUCAAUUUCUAUUGAGUUUCUGUUAUGAAACAGUGUUUCUGCUAAAGCAGCUGUACAAUAGUUUUUUGUAUAUCUUAUCAACUAUAUACAUAUUUUUUCUUCACAUGUGUGAAGUCUACUGGAGGUAUAUGUACUAAGAAAUGUACUGUACCAGUUAUUCAUUUGGGAUUCUUACAUUAUUUACAUCAGUCAUGGCAUAAACUACAUACUUUCUAUAUGUGAAAGAUACAUUAAAAUUAAAUUUUGUCUCUAACUUAAACUUACUAGUAUCUUUUUA